AUGGACAGGUUGCACUCCUCCAUGCGUAAAAGGCUCUACAGUUUGCCACAGCACAUUGGGCAGAAAUCCUCUAUCAUGGGCGAAGGAGAAGACGCAGACAAGGACACCCGGAGGAAGAGUAUUCGCAUGAAGCCUCUACCGUCACCGUCGCCGACCUCUGGGGGAAGCUGCAAAGGCAUCGGCGAGACCAAAAGUGGGGAGUGUGUGAUCAUGGAGACGGACAUCGGGAGACCGAUGAAGACCAGCUCGAACGGAGACUGCCGGAGGUUCCGAGGCAGCCUCUCGUCCAUCACGAGUCGGCAUGUGCACGACUCGGACUCGGCGGAGGAGAGGCGCCUCAUCACCGAGGGGGAUGUCACCCCGAGCGAAGAGAGCCCCCCCGGAGCCAUCGGUGACGGCCAGCCGGACCAGGGUGCGCAGGGGGCCAGCGGCGGCGGCGGCGGGGGCGCCCAGAACGAGUCUCCAGACCAGCAGUCGGGGUUUAUAAAGUUGGAUGGCAUUGAUCAAAUUCUGCCGGACGACGAGAGAUUAUAUCAGGCUGGGUUCAUACACAGGCAGCUGGGGGCAAUGCUUCAACCGGGGGUCAACAAGUUCUCCCUGAGGAUGUUUGGAAGUGAAAAGGCGGUGGAACGGGAGCAAGAGCGGGUUAAGUCCGCCGGAUUUUGGAUAAUUCACCCCUACAGUGAUUUCAGGUUUUACUGGGAUUUGACCAUGCUGCUGCUGAUGGUUGGCAACCUCAUCAUCAUCCCCGUGGGCAUCACGUUCUUCAAGGACGAGCACACGCCUCCCUGGAUCGUCUUCAACGUCGUGUCCGACACCUUCUUCCUCAUGGACCUGGUCCUCAACUUCAGGACGGGAAUCGUCAAGGAGGACAACACGGAGAUCAUCCUGGACCCGCAGCAGAUCAAAGUCAAGUACUUGCGGAGCUGGUUCGUGGUGGACUUCAUAUCCUCUAUUCCCGUGGACUACAUCUUCCUCAUCGUGGAGACGCGCAUUGACUCUGAUUUCUACAAGACGGCGCGCGCCUUGCGGAUUGUUCGCUUCACUAAGAUCCUCAGCUUGCUGCGGCUCCUGCGGCUCUCCAGACUCAUUCGCUACAUCCACCAGUGGGAAGAGAUCUUCCAUAUGACCUAUGACCUGGCCAGCGCCAUGGUGCGGAUAGUCAACCUGAUCGGCAUGAUGCUGCUGCUGUGUCACUGGGAUGGCUGCCUGCAGUUCUUGGUGCCCAUGCUGCAGGACUUCCCCGCCGACUGCUGGGUGUCCAAAAAUAAGAUGGUGAACGACACGUGGGGACAGCAGUACUCCUACGCACUUUUCAAAGCUAUGAGCCACAUGUUGUGUAUUGGGUACGGCAUGUAUCCCCCCGUGGGCAUGACGGACGUGUGGCUGACCAUCCUGAGCAUGAUCGUGGGCGCUACUUGCUACGCCAUGUUCGUGGGCCACGCCACGGCGCUGAUCCAGUCUCUGGACUCAUCUCGACGGCAAUACCAGGAAAAGUACAAACAGGUGGAGCAGUACAUGUCCUUCCACAAGCUGCCGGCAGACAUGAGGCAGAGGAUCCACGACUACUACGAGCACCGCUACCAGGGGAAGAUGUUCGACGAGGAGAGCAUCCUCGGGGAGCUGAACGAGCCGCUCCGAGAGGAAAUCAUAAACUUCAACUGUCGAAAGCUGGUGGCGUCGAUGCCUCUGUUUGCCAACGCCGAUCCGAACUUCGUCACCUCCAUGCUCACCAAGCUGAAGUUCGAGGUGUUUCAGCCCGGGGAUUAUAUCAUCAGGGAAGGAACCAUUGGCAAGAAAAUGUACUUCAUACAGCACGGAGUCGUCAGCGUACUAACCAAGGGCAAUAAAGAGACCAAGCUUUCAGAUGGCUCCUACUUUGGGGAGAUUUGUUUGCUGACACGGGGCAGAAGGACGGCCAGCGUCCGAGCUGAUACGUACUGCCGCCUGUACUCUCUGUCUGUGGACAACUUCAACGAAGUACUGGAGGAGUAUCCCAUGAUGAGAAGAGCCUUCGAGACUGUUGCCCUGGACAGGCUGGAUCGCAUUGGCAAGAAAAACUCCAUCCUGCAGCACAAGGUGCAGCACGACCUCAGCUCUGGUGUACUCAACUACCAGGAGAACGAGAUCAUCCAGCAGAUUGUGCAGCAUGACAGGGACAUGGCCACCUGCGCCCACCUCCUGCAAAACGCCCCACCACAGACGCCUCCUUCGCCUACCCCUGUCAUCUGGGCCCCCCUCAUCCAGGCUCCUUUACAGGCAGCAGCUGCCACAACUUCAGUAGCCAUUGCUCUGACACACCAUCCUCACCUUCCACCAACACUCUUCAGACCUCCGGUUUCUGUUUUGGGUUCCCUGAAGGACCCUCCAAGUCGAUUCAAGAAGUUCCACACAUUUGCUCCUUCAUCCACAGUCCCUGGCUCUGCUGGGAACUCUCCAUCUAGCACACCUUCUAAACUGCGCACUGGGGUUGACAUGCCAUUGCUGGCCUCUUUUCGGGCCCAGCAUAUGGCAUCGGGUUCAGCAUCGGCUGGCUCAAGCCAGCAAGCCUCAGGUGGUGGAGUGGAGCGUGGACCUGGUGGAGCUGGGUCUGGCUCAAGUGGAGCAGUUCCCUCUGUCUUCCCCUUCAGUCCGUACUCAUCCUCUGGUUCACCCUCCUCGAGUAUGGCCCAGCUACACCCACAGCCACAGCAUCAGCAACCCUUUCGCUCCAGCACCCCACCUCUGUCAAACCUCUUUCAUCAAGACGCUAUAAGUGGAAGCACAGGCUCAGGACUGAGUGGAGGGGCAGUUGGCGCCUGCGGAGGUGCUGCAGGGUGGUCUUCAGGUGGAGCGGUGGGAGGCUCUUUUGAAGGAGCCACAGGUGGGGAUGCUGCUUGGGCUGGAGAGGACUUUACAACUGGAGUGACAGAAGUCAGUCCUCGGGGGAGCUUUGGGUUGGGAGGGACUGCCGGUGGAUCAGUUGCGGGGAUCUCAGGGGAAACCAUAGGAACUUCAAAUGAAGGAUUAAUCGGUGCUGCUUGUAGCAAAGUAGCAAGUGGUGCAUCAGGUGGAGCAGGUGUUGGUGUAAGCUGUGGGUCAGUGUCAGAUAUAGCAAGGAGAUCUAAGGAAGGAGCGUCUAGAGGAUCAAUUAGACGAACAUCUGGAGGACAAAGUGCUGGAGAAUCAUUCAGAGGGAUAACCACUGGAGGAUCUUUGGGUAUGACUUCUGAUGGAUGCAGUGGAGCCUCAUGUGGCACGUUUGAAGGACUAUCGGGUGAUUUAACAGGAAGAAACCCUGGGGGGUCAUUGGGAAGGGCUUCCAGUGGAUCAACAACCAGCCAUAUAGCAGGAGGUUCAAGUGGGCCAGGGGGAGGGGCGAUUGGAGGACAAAUCAGCCGACCAAUAGGAGGCACAGGAGGGAGCCAUAUAGCAGGGUCGACAGCCAGCCAGUCUGUCGGGGCUUCUGGUGGAUUUACUGCUGGACUGAUUAGUUCUUCCCGUUGUCAGAGUCCUAUAUCCACUGGUUCAUCUAGUCCUCUGCCUGGUCAACAUCUCCCAAACCAGCCACCCCCCAAGCCCCCACAAGUGGCUCCUCUGCAGCAAUUUGCUGGUGGAGGCAGGACUACUCCUGGUUUAAAUCUCUUCCAGUCCCCCCCACAUGGCUCUCCAUCUUCAAGCAGAGGGCAGCACACUCAGCCGCCUGCUGAGGGCUCUCCAUCUUCCCUCAGCCAAUUUAGCCUGGCAGGCCUCCAGUCUGGCUGCUUGCCUCACCAGAUGUCAUUGGAGAGGUCUGCCUUAGCUUCGUUGGCUCAGUAUGGUUCAGCAAACGCCUCUCCCUGCCUUACUCCUGUGGCGCCCAGUCCCACGAUUCAAAGUCCAGUGACAGGGAGAACUUUCCACUACGGCGACCCUUCCAGUGCCACAGGAUCCCACAGUUCCUUGCUCAUGCCUCAGUCUUCUCUCCCCUCACAGCUUCCCAGCCAGCCACACACAGCAGGUAGAGAGUCUCCUCUGGGACGUUUUUCUGAAGAUCUCAAGCUUUUAUCCAGCUCACAUCCAUCUCUGCCCCAGGAGGUCGCGCAGGCCUUAGGUCACCAAACUCCUCACUCAUCUGUGGAAACUGGAUUUUGCCCCUCGCCGUUUUCUUCACCUACUCUUGUGCCGAAACCCUGUAGCUCAGUGCCAGGACACAUGACUCCUCCAAUUCAGAUGUCUCCGGGGCACUCUCAUCAGACUCGGUCCCCCGGGGCCUCCCCAGCCUUGCCUCUACGUCGGGGCUCUGCUGCCUACUCAUCAGAUCUAGAACCUCAAACUGUCCGCUCUAAACUCCCUUCCAAUUUGUGAGGAUUAAUCACACCCUCCUUUGCUCCUCAGAAAUGAAACACAUGAACUAUCUCCAUUUGUGGCAUUCUUUUCUGUCUUCACUGUGUUCCACCUCUCAUUUUACAAAGAUUUUAAAUUUACUGUGAUUCAAAAGACACUUUAUGGAUAACUCAGAGCUCUAGAAUACUCUAUAUUUAUUUUUUUCUUUGUCCUUUUUUAUUCAUACAUACUGUGUAUAGUUAGAGAUAUAUAUUAAAUGAUAAGUGAAUUAUGGGACUGGGAGGGUGUGAAAUUGUUCUCCAUUGAAAGGACAGUUGUUUUCUUUAUUUCUAUAACUAUGCCAAAUUCAUCUGGUGAUUUUUGAGAGGCUAAUUCAAUGGACUACACAAUAAUACUCUUUUAUUGCAGGAACCUAUGCACUAAUACCUGCAUGUAUAAAGGAUUUUUGUGUUUCAAAAAAUAUCUGAAUUUUUAGCUCAAAGAACAUGCUUCGGGACAGGCUGACUCUUAUACCAUAUCUUUUGGGAUCACAUAUUGUUGGUCCUUAAAUGUAUCUAUUAGAUUGUACUUAUUUAUUCUCUGUAUAAACUUUUCAAGACCUUGGGAGACUGAGAGAGAUUUUCGGAAACCAAAAAGAUUUUUCCUGUGGGAUAGUAAUUCACCUCCUCUCGGCCCAUCUUUCCUUAUUUUAUACCACUCUAUCAUAUUAAUAAUGUUUUAUUAAGCAGAGGCAGAGGGAUUUAGCCAGCUACCCUCCAUCUCAUUAUUGAGACAUAACAGUGUGCGAGCGACAAGAUUUCUGCAGAGUUCUGAACCAUGCCGUAACAAGCUCACUUUGUCUUCCAAGCUCAUGCCGCUAAAAUGUGUAGAAAGCAUGUGUUGUUGUUUUUUUUUUUCUUUCUCCCUGACUGUGUACAACUGUUACGGUGUGAGUGCCAGUGAGAAUCAGUGUGAAUCAGAGGAACAGUCAAAUGCAAAGCAAGACUUUUCCAUAGGCUGAUUAAAAGGAUGUUUGCUUUUCGGCGUUAAAACUCAAACUUCCACAAACCGCAGCUUGCGUGAUGAAUUGAGUUGCACCAGUACUUCUCAACAGAAGAAAAAAAAAUUAUGAAAGAGCCCCAAAACUGCACUCAGUCAUUUU